UAAAGACUUGCUUGAAAUAAACGGCGGCUGAUAAAGAAAUCAAAAUAAAAGAAAAACAACAACAAUUUCAAAGUGCGACCGACCUACCUUACUAAGAAAUUUAUUUCUUUAAACCUACUUUCUUCUUUAAUGAAGAGUUGAUGAUGGUUUUCAUUUCUAGCGGUGAGGCUUGUGUGCGCAUUGUUGCCGUUGAAUGAGUUAAGUUGGCUGUGUUCAAUAAAGUGUUUGUGUGUGUCUGCAGUCUUUCCCCGGUUAAAGCCGGUACUGGUGAACAAAGCGACUAGAAGUGUAUGCAAGGUGUAAUAGAAAACACGAAUAUAUAUUAUUAUAAUUAAAAAAAAAUUGAACAAAGGAUUUAGAAGUGUAGAAAAAGAGAUUGAAGACACCAAUCAACAAAUUAAACAUAUAUUUUCAGCAUGCUGGAACCUUCUUUAUGAUCAGCAUCCAAAAUUUUGUCACUGCUGAGUUGAAUAUUUUUACUCUCUUCUCACGCGCUCUCUGUGGGAGGUUCAAAUGUUUUUUGAACUCUUAUAAACGUCCAACCUUAAGCCCAUUCAUAUCAAUUUUCGUUUGCACACUUUAGUUUUUUGCCAGUUUCUCCGCGAAAAAUCACAAAGCAAAACCAGCAGCAACAACAACAAAAAGCUCAUUUCAAUAGUGAGCUCGCUUGCGGAUCUUGGGAGAGCUCCAGCAAACAUCAGUUUAUAGUAGUACGCUUUGGCGUGCGGUCAACGAAAUUAAAAACGCCCAAGAAAGGAAAAUCACAACGAAACUAGUAUUUAAGCAGCAAAAGUAGAAAAAAAAAACAAAACGGUGUAAAAAUUGCAAUUUAAAAGAAUUAAUUUAUAUAGCAAAGAGAAAAAAGAAUAAGUGCUCUAUAAAAAAAAUAAUACUACAAAAAAAUUUGCAAAAAAUAUUUUCUUCCAAAAAAAGAUAAUGCCUGUCCAGUGAUAUAUUGAGCAAUAGCGAACCUAGCAAAAAGAAAAAGAUUUCAACAUCAAUUAAUAUUUGCGAAACAACCACAAUACAGCAUUCGUUGGAGAUUUGGAAAUAAUUUGUGUUUUUUGCAUAUCUCAACCCCAUCAGCAGUUGGGGGACCUGAUCGUUAAGACAAGUGAAUAUCAACUCGUCAGCUUUCUGUGUUGGGAUUAGCAGUGAUUUAACACAACUGCCUCAAGAUGACUUGUGGCAUUUCUUGUGUGGACAAAACUCUGAAUAAAACAUUUUUCCAUUUGGGUAAAUUCAUUGCCAAGCAUCCGGGUUAUUUUAUAAUCGUGCCAACAUUAUUAACUCUACUAUGUAUAACGGGUUAUCAACAGUUAAAAUAUCAAAUAGAUCCUGAAUAUUUAUUUUCACCAGUCAAUGGAGAGGGAAAGGCUGAACGAGCAAUCGUCGAACAAUAUUUUAAGGUCAACUACACGCAUCGAUUCAAUGUGGGACGUAUCACUAGACCAGGACGCUUUGGUCGCGUAAUUGUUAUACCAAAAGAUGGCGAUGACAAUAUGAUAAGGCGCGAAAUAUUCAAAGAGCUACGUCAACUGGACGACAUCAUACAAAACUCAACAGUCACCUAUGAUGGAGAAACGUUCACAUAUAAGGAUGCCUGCGCCCGUUGGGAAAACGAAUGCUUUGAGAAUGAUGUCUUGAAUUUGGAUUAUAUAAUGGAUGAUAUUGAAUCUGGCGAAUUGAAUUUAACUUUCCCUUUGAUGUUUAAUCCGGUAACGUGGGAUGCCCAUGCUUUUCCUGUCUUCUUUGGGGGCACCAAAGUGACAGAGGACAAUAUCAUUAUCACAGUUCCGGCCAUACAAUUGGUGUAUUUUGUUACCGCAGAUACCAAACGGCAAGAUGCAAAAGGUGCCGAAUGGGAAGAAACAUUUCUAAGAGUUGUGGGUGAGGCCGAAAACUCUGGCAUGUUCAAACACAUCUCAGUGGCAUAUUUUGCUUCGCGUACGCUGGAUCAUGAACUGGAAAAAAAUACGCAGACCGUAGUGCCCUAUUUCAGUUCGACGUUCAUAUUAAUGGCUCUAUUCAGUGUGGUGACCUGCAUGAUGGGUGAUGCGGUGCGUUCUAAGCCUUGGCUGGGUUUAAUGGGCAACAUAUCAGCAGUAAUGGCCACCUGUGCUGCCUUUGGUUUGGCCAUGUAUAUGGGCAUAGAAUUCAUAGGCAUUAAUUUGGCUGCUCCAUUUCUUAUGAUUGGUAUUGGCAUAGAUGAUACUUUUGUUAUGUUGGCUGCGUGGCGUAGAACCUCUUUGAAAUUAUCCGUUCCCGAUCGUAUGGCCCAUAUGAUGUCCGAGGCUGCUGUCUCCAUUACCAUAACAUCUUUGACAGAUUUGAUUUCCUUUUGGAUAGGUGUUAUAAGUCCCUUCAGAUCGGUUCAGAUCUUUUGCAAGUACUCAGUCUUGGCCGUUUGCUUUACGUUUUUGUGGCAUGUUACCUUCUUUGCUGCUUGCAUGGCCAUUUCUGGUUAUAGGGAAGAACAGAAUCGCCAUGCAGUUUUUGGUUGUAAGGUGCAGGCUUUGUCGGUGGCCAUUAAAGAAAAGCGAAAUAUUUUCUACCGAGCCAUUAUGUCCGGCGGCAUAAAUCGUGAUGAUCCCGAUAAUCCCAUUGACAAUAAGGACCAUGUCUUGAUGAAAUUCUUCAGAACCAAUCUAUCGGCCAUUAUCAAUAAUAAUUGGUGCAAACUUUUGAUUAUACUUAUCUUCGGCACUUAUCUGGCUGGAGCCUGCUAUGGCAUUACUCAAAUUAAAGAGGGUUUGGAAAGGCGCAAGUUGUCAAGAGCUGAUUCUUAUUCUGUUGAAUUUUUCGAUCGUGAAGACGAAUUUUAUAGAGAGUUCCCCUAUCGCAUGCAGCUCAUUAUAACUGGUGAUUUGAAUUACUCUGAUCCCAUGGUUCAAGAUCAAAUCGAAGAGCUUACUCGCAAUCUGGAAAAUACCUCAUAUGUCACCUCCUCGCUGUACACCGAGUCCUGGCUGCGUUCUUUUAUAUCUUUUGUCGAUCGCAACAACGACUAUUUGAAUUUAACCCUGGACACUGAACAAGAAUUCAUUGAUGCUGUCAAAGAGCAUUGGCUGUUCCCUGGCAAUCCCUUCUCCCUAGAUGUUAAGUUCAAUGAGAACGGCACCAAGAUUUUAGCCUCCCGAAUGUUGAUUCAGGCUGUCAACAUCACCGACACCAAUCAUGAAAAGGAAAUGGUGCGGGAUUUACGUCAGAUCUGCAAGGACUCUCCCCUCAAUGCCACCAUAUUCCAUCCUUACUUUGUGUUCUUCGACCAAUUCGAAUUGGUGCGUCCCACUUCGGUGCAGUCCAUGAUCAUAGGGGCCAUUAUCAUGAUGAUCAUCUCAUUUAUAUUUAUUCCCAACAUAUUAUGCUCCCUGUGGGUAGCUUUCUCUGUGAUAUCCAUUGAAAUGGGUGUGGCCGGUUACAUGGCCCUGUGGGAUGUUAAUUUGGACUCCAUUUCCAUGAUUAAUUUGAUCAUGUGCAUUGGCUUUUCGGUGGACUUUACAGCCCAUAUCUGUUAUACCUACAUGUCGUCCAAAAAGAAGAGUCCCAAGGCUCGUGUACGUGAAGCCUUCCAUUCAUUGGGCUUGCCUAUAGUUCAAGGAUCUAGUUCAACCAUUUUGGGUAUUGUGGCCCUGCUUUUGGCCCAGAGUUACAUCUUCUUGGUGUUCUUCAAAAUGGUUUUCUUGGUGAUAUUCUUUGGAGCCAUGCAUGGCUUGUUCUUGUUGCCUGUCUUGCUAUCGCUCUUUGGCCCGGGUUCUUGGCAAACAUGGACUGGCCGUGACAAGGACAAUGAGGAGGAGAUAGAUGAUAUUGAUGGCAAAAUAAAAUUGGCCAAAAUGGAUAAGAACUUUGCAAAUACCUUCUACUUGCCCUAUGCCUCCAAUGUGAAUGGAGUGAAUGGUUUCACCUCCAAGGGCUUUUUGGGGGCACCAUACAAAGCCUAUGGCGAUGAGAAAGAUUUGGGUAUUGGCACCUCGGGUGAGGAUUCUUCAGAAAGCAGCUCCUCACGCUCGCAACGACGCCAGGCCAUGGAAGAUGAGAAUACGCAGAGGCGUUAUGAGGAGGGAUGGCGAAAGUCUUCAUAUCACGAUUUGUUUGCCAACAAUGCCCAGACCCAAUUUCAAAAUCAUCCAGCCUUGUAUAAUCAAAAAGUCUCGGCUCAUGAGUGGAGAGCCCGUUUGGAGGAGCAUCACGAACGCAAGAGAAUGAGUUUGGGCCCAGUGGCCAAGAGUGAACACUAUGCCUAUGACAACUAUGGAGCUGAUCUACAGCGCCGCCGUGACAGCCAUGGCGAAUUCAUAGAUGACGAAGUAGAAAGACGACGCAAUUUCACACCCACCUCCUCAUUGGAUGAACGUUCAAGGCGUAAGUAUAGAUCGGCUCUGCCUAGGGCCACCACCGCAUCAGCCAAUGCCACAAAUGUUGCUGGCAGCGGCGACGAAAGUAGCUAUAAUCAGCAACCUACACGAGAAUUAAGUGCUCUUGCCAUCUCUUCGGCGAAACGUUAUCAGCGUAGACGUUCCUCCGAUGAGUCCACACGCCACAAUCCACGCUGGCCCACGUCCAAUAUCGAGGAGAGAUUUAUGCGCCGCCAGUCACCCUCGCGACAUUACAGUCACGAAGAUGGGGACUAUCCUGCCUAUCGUCCAGAGCCACCCAGGCGUUCAUCCUCCCAUCAUAAUCUCUACUAUCCAAAUCAAACGAAACCACAACCUCCCAAAUAUCAAUUUGGCUAUCACCAUUGAUGAAGGUUGUAGGCCCUAUGAGCCAUAGUUGUAGGCGGUUCAGGGCCAAAAAAAGAGUGAAAACACAAACACACACACACAAAUUUAUGACGCAUAUAAUGUGGCAUUAGGAAUUGCAACUAUUUUAAUUUUUUUUUAUAUAUAUAUAUAUCAAAUAAUUAAUUAAUUAAUUGUUUAAUUAAUUAGUUUUUUAGUCCUUUUUUAUUAUCAAUUACAACAGGAAAAUGGAAGAAAAUACACAAAGUUAGCGUAGAAUUAAGUAAUUUAAGUUUAAGUUAAAUUUAAGGAAGAUCCUUUCGCAAAUGUUAAACGAUAAAGGCCAAACAAAGUGGGCAAUUGCAUAGGCAGUGGAGAGAGGAAAGUGGACUUUUUAUUGGUACACCAAACAUUUUUUCGCUUGCCAUAUUGCAAAUGUUCAAGACAUGUUUAGUUAUGAGGUUGUUCACGAAAACAAAACCUUCAACUCAAUUUGAGAACUUUUGCAAGUUCGUUUGAAUUUAUCGGGAAUUUUGGAUAUGAUGAUUUAAGCAUAUCUCACAGAAGGCAACUAUGACAUUACAAUUGUCAAACUACGCAAAUUGACAAAAUAUGUCAUAAUUAGCAAAAUACACGUAAACUAAGAUAAAGUUGACAGCCUUAGGGGCGAAUACUGUCAAAAAUUCAAAAAAAUUUAAGUCAACUGAAUGCUUUCCAGUGCCUUCUAUUGAUGUUAUCUGAAUAUCCUGGAAAAAUUUGUUAAAUAUUUAAUUCACCUCAUGGUGAAACAAUUAAAGGUGGUCUCAUUUGUACAACAACCACAAAUCAUACGGUGAAAUCCGCCAUAUUGUCAUUAAGCUAAUCGACGUUUUGCCAACACAUACAAAGAAAUUUGUCUGAGUGUGCGUAUACGUGUGCGUACAUGAGCAGAGAAUAUGUGAGAAAGAAGAUAACAACAAAGAGAAUGCAAAAAAUAUCUUUCAUCUUAAUACCGUCAAACCUGGCCGGCUGUUAACAGCUAUUCGCUUGAGACCACCUUUUUAAAUCCGCCUUGAAUUCACCAAUUAAAAACUGCAAUGUGAACAGCCUUUAAUAUUUGACAUUAUUUUUAUAACUCUUUAUACCCAGAACUAAAUAUGUCUGCCUGCCUGUAUAAAGUCUCACCAACUAUUUACCCUUAUAUUUCGCUUAUUAUAUUAUUUUUUAUUUAAUUUAAUUAUUAUUAUUUUUUUUGUUUACCUAUAUCGUUGUGGUAAGGUCCCUUUACAUUAGCUAUGUGUGUAUAUAAAGUUUUUCUUUUAGGAAAUGACAAAUUGUUUUCGUUUAAUAACAAAUAUGUUUCAUAUGCAAUUCAAAAAUUAAUUUUGUUUUUUCAAGUAAAAGAAAUUAAUUUGGAAUUUUUCUUUUAACAAUAGACAGAUGGUUAUCAAAUGAAAUCAAUGUUUUAUAUGCCAAUUUUGUUAUAUUUGUUUUAAGAAAUUUACAUUUUCACAAGAAUUUUCGAAAAAAAAACAAAAUCGGUUAUCGAUAACAAUGUAAAUAUUUGACACAAUAUCUUAGAAUUAUAAAUGGGACCAAUCCAAUCCAACGAUGUCCUCAGAAUUUUAAAGUUCACAAAAUUAAAGAAGUGACAGCAAUUUCAAACUCAACCUGAUUUUUGUAGCAUUGUUUUGGAUACCAAUUAUGCGAUUUUGACCUUGUUUUGUGAAGAAAAAAACAUCGGAGUUUUACUAAACCGAAUUUUUUGCCAUAAUCUUCAAAACUGUAUACUCAACUCGAAAAAUUUUUUCGCAUCAAAAAUUUAAAUUUUCAUAAGGCUAACUAACCCCUUAACUAAAAAAAAUGCAAAAAAAAUAAAAUGUGAAAUUUUAAGUAAUUCUUUUUAUUUUACGAAUCGUCUUCGAAUUUCGAAUUACGAAAUGCUUAAAAAAUUUUCGAAAUUCAAAAAAAAUUAAGGAGUUUAAGCGUUUUAGGCCUUAAAGACGAUUUUGAUUUUUUAGGUCCAAAAAAGUUGAUUUUGCGAUGUUUUUCAUAGAAAACUUUACAGUAUUGCUUCAUACAGCAUCAAUACGGUAAGAGAUUUUCUUUAUGAAUUCAACGGUGUACUCAGAAAUUUUAAGUUCCCAAAAUUGAGAAGGUUUUAAACUCACCUUAACCUUUUUUCAGCAUUUUUCAAUAUCAAUUAUUCAAUUUGAGAAAAAGUAUGACUUUAACCCUAACAUUUUUCACUUUUUGUUCAUAUUUGGUAUUUAAAUUAAGUUUUAAGUUUUGAUGUAUUCAGAGAUCCAUAGUGAAAUUUUAUGGCGAACAUUUUUGCAAAACAAUUUGAUAAGCUACGCUUGUUUCAAAAAGGGACCAAACAGACCCUUUCAAUGAGUUGCUAAAGGGUUAAAAUGUUUUACAAAACUAUUCCUUGCCGGUUUAUCCAUCAGUAAUACUGUCCCAAACACUAUAUAGCUGAAUUGAAAAGAUUACGAGAAAUGUUAUGUAGGCGGCUUUAAAAAAUCAUCAAUUUUAGGUGUCGAUUAUGGAUGGCAACUCAACUACAAUGCGUUGCCAGAAGAUAAAAUCAUGAAAUAAAAAAUAGUAUGAAGUUGAA